UCUCUCCUCGGCGCCUUCCUUCCCUUCCGCCGGACUUUCAGUCUCCCAACUCCGGCGAGGCUGGAGGGAGAGCGGGAGCGGGGAGGAAGCCAGCCGGGCUCCUCUCCGCGGCGGCGGCGGCAGCAGCGACGCAGAAGAGGGAGAAGAGGAAGGGAAAGCGGGGGAGGAGGAGGCAGAAGGGCGAGACUCCAAGAGGAUGUGGCUCCUUGCCGUGGCCACAACUUUCUGGGGAUUGUGCCUGGCGCCAGGGUUUGCUUUGCAAAUACAGUGUUAUCAGUGUGAGGAAUUUCAGCUGAAUAAUGACUGCUCGUCCCCAGAGUUUAUAGUGAAUUGCACCGUGAAUGUCCAAGACAUGUGUCAGAAGGAAGUAAUGGAGCAAAGUUCAGGGAUCCUGUAUCGCAAGUCCUGCGCAUCCUCUGCAGCUUGCCUCAUGACCUCUGCCGGAUACCAGACUUUCUGUACUCCAGGGAAAAUAAACUCUGUUUGUAUAAGCUGCUGCAAUACUCCACUCUGCAAUGGGCCGAGGCCAAAGAAGCGGGGAAACUCUGGCACCAUGCCCAGGGCUGGUGUCUUAACAACCGUGCUGCUCUCCGGCUUGGCAUUUCUAUCACCGGUACACUGCUAAACCCUAAUGGAAGAGUCUGUUGGUCACAUCAUUUGUCCUGUAUUACUUCCUCCAAAGACACAGCUGGUUUCCAUUGUGAUGUUGCUGUUUGCAUCCAGGUGCCGAAAGAAGAGAUACAUUUUGGAGAGAUAAAAAAUAUCAGCAACUUUCUUAGAGAAGGAAUAUAUAUAUAUAUAUAUAUAGUUGUCUGAAUUUCCAGUAUGCACUUUAAAAACAAAACAAAAAUCAACAAUCACUCAUGUAGAUCCCAUAUCCAUUCAUGUUACUGGAAACAAGCAUUUAAACUAGGAGGCUACAACCUGCAAGCUGUAACCCCUUGGCUUGUUUGUUUUUGAAUUUCCAUUUUUUCGCAUCUGAUUUAUGUUUUAUGAGAAUUCACACUUCACGUUCACAGAGACCAUUCUGCUUAGAAGGACUAGGGUCUGUGCUGGUCUCCAGGGGCAUUGUUUGCUCAUUCAGCUCCACUGGUUCAAGACUCAAUUUCUGCAAACUGCAGUCAGGCUUGGCCUCGCUCUGAAAAGUACUUAAGGAAAUCUUGUUAGCUGGCUUGGUAGAAGACUUGCGCCUGGAUGACAUGAAGAGCAAUGGGCGCCUGUAACGGCUAUCACUGGCUAUGGAAUCCAAAUUGGCUCUCAAAAACCUCUGCUUGUUGAUAUGAUCUAGCGUCAGGCGUCGGCAACGGAGGACCUGAAGGAAGACGGCCCGGAACUGCUUGGAGGAGAUGUUGUAGAGCAGUGGGUUCACGACGGAGCUGAGGUAGAAGAAAGUGUCUGCGAUGGGGAGGAGGGUGAUGUACACUCUGAAGUAGGAGACGGUCCAGUCCUGCUUAGGUCUAGCAGCAGCCAUGAUCCUUAGGACUUGAUUUGGCAGCCAGCAAAUGGCCAGAGUUGCAACAAUCAGUCCUGCAAGCCAGGAGAAGAGAGAAAGAGAAAGCAUGUGAAAACAAAUCAUAAAAUAUUUAGUAUUAGUUCUGCACUUACUGGCGAGGAAAUGAUACCAAUUUUUCAGUGUUUAGCUUGGCGCGUUUCUUCUGCCAGUAGCAAAAUUCGUUCUAAGAAAGGGGAAAGAGGCCAGCCACUUCCAGGAUUCAAGGUCAUUGAGACCUGUGUUCUGAUAAGUAUUAUGUAAUUUUUAAGAUACCAUUUCUCUUUGCUCCCUGGCAUUGGUUAAUUUCAAAGAUGUUAUUUCAGUGAAGGUGCAUUCUUCAAACGAUUAUCCAUGAUUCCUUUUCUCAACUCUUCCCCCCUUCUGCAUUCUUAAAAAAUACAGCCAUAUUAGAGCAGGCAAUACCCAAAAGAUGAUCAGAUUCAGUUUAUAUUUUACAAAACAAAUACGCAUACAACUGUAUAUUUGGCAUUAUUUUUGGUAACUUUUCUCUGACAGAAGAUAUUUUUACGUAUGGUAUGAAUGGCUCUUUUUAUGACAAAGAGUGUGUAAUAAGCAUCUGGGAAAGAAAUUCCAGUUGAAUUAAAAUGUGAAGUAAAAGGCACAGGAACAAAAAAAAACCCUCUUAGGCAUGUCAUGGAAAAUGUUUCAUAUAAUAUAGAAUCCCAUGCAUUUGGGAUCCAUCUUUUAGUCUGUUUUUUCUUACUUCAUUGAGUUCAGAUAAUAGGAUCCAGAUCAUUGGAGCUCCCAGUGGCACAAAGGGUUAAACCAUUGUGCCAGCAGGACUGCUGACUGAAAGGUCAGCGAUUCAUAUCCGGGGAGUGGGGUGAGCUCCCAUCUGUUAGCACCAGUUUGCCAUGUGUGGACAUGAGAGAAAUCUCCCACAGGAUGGUAAAACAUCCGGGCGUCCCCUGGGCAACAUCCUUACAGAUGGCUAAUUCUCCUACACCAGAAGCAACUUACAGUUUCUCAAGUCAUUUCUGACACACACAAAAAUUGGGUCCAGAUUAAUUUUUUUGAAGAACAUGAACAUGGAUCCACAGAGAGCUACAAGCACACUGCUGUGGUUUUCUUAUUGCUGGCUAUGGUAAUGCAAAAGCUACAGAUACAUCUGCAAUAGCUACAAUAAUAGUGAGCAUCUUGCUUUACAGUGUGUUAAACUAUUGAAUUUUUUCAUACGCAUUGACUUAUAAUAAUUACAAUGGUUGUGUGUGAAAAUGUCCUGUGGCUUGGAGGAAAAAAAACCCCACAGCUUUGGAAGUAACUCCCAAAACUAAUUUGUUAUGGUUGCCAUUUUGGUUAUAAUUUUUAAAUUUGAAAUUGAAAUCAUUACAGUUCCAAUAAAUAAGUAUUUGCUUUCGUAUCAUUCAAAGGUAAAAGUUACUGGUAUUUUUAAAACUCAGAAUGCUAUAAGCCACUAACUUGUGGUAUAAAACACAUUAAUGAAGACACAUGCACAUGUAACUAAAAAUAUAACUAAAUAAUUUGCAGUUAUACCAUCAAAGGAAUUAGGUUAUCCCUCAUUACAUCAAAAUGUAACUUAUUAAUGUUUUAGCUGUUGCAAAAUUACUUCUAAAAUCUGUAAAAUGUAUAGCACUAUUGAAAUUUGAGCUCUGAUUUGCAACUCCAUCUAUCAGCGAAUAAUCUGUACCCCUUCUCUACAUGGGAGUGGAGCUUCCCAUGACUACAGCAAACAUCUAUUAGGAAAAACACAUCAGUUGAGUUUAAGAGGAAUUUCUGUUCCCAAGAUGGACAGUGAAAAGGAGAAUGUAGUUAAAAGUUUUUGCUUUUUUAAAACAAAUAUUAUAUAUAUAAUAAGGACAUAUGUAACAGUAUGGGGAAAGGGUUUUGAAUUUGUCCCCUAAAUUAUUGAAUUCCUGUGAUGCAAUUCCAAAGUUGUCAAACGAUUCACCCUGCAAUGGUGUCCCUUGUUUUGCAGCAAAUGUGCCUUAUGUGUAAAACAAAACACUCUAUAACAGAGGUAUUCCCCACCCAUUUCAAUAGGUACCUUGAUUUGUGCAUUUUGCACCACACUCUUUUACUAAAGCUUCUUUUUUGCGUUUAAAGCAAGUUAAACAACUCAACCUGCUUUCUUGGUAAAACUGCAAGCAAUUCUGCUACUGCCAAUAUUAAUGUGGAAUCAUAACUUAUAAAAAUAAAGUUCAAACCAUUAAAACACAAAUAGGAGAAUAUAAUAAACCAAGCAAUCUAAAAUUCUGUAUCAGGAAAACAAUGCUGUUUUGAAGAAUGUCAAGGAAUUUGGGAAUGCCAAAAGAACAAAAGAUAUGAAUGUAAAGACAAAAAAGGAGGUUAAAAAAUAACAGUGGCUUGGAAGAGCCAGGACUGGACAUAAAUUGUGUGACGGUUUGUUUUGUGAACCUUUUGAUUUGAAUAUUUAACUUUGGUUAAUAAAAGAGAUUAAUUUUCAUAACAA